GUGUUUGUGUUUAAAAUGUUUACAAAACAUUUGUUUUGAUUGUUUAAUACUAUAAAUUGAUUGUUGAUUAUCAUCGACAACAACAACAACAACAACAAUGAAGACAUCAACAAACAAACCGAAGAAUAAGAAACAAUUCUUUGCUUUGGAAACAAAUGAUUUAAUGCAUGAAUUGUUGGCCGAAAACAACCGAUUAUUGAUUGAACUAAAGGCCAGCAAACAGCUGAUGAAAAUCAUGAAUCAAUUGAUGGAUUAUUUGGAAGACAAUUGUCUUCGUUGUUGUCAACAGUGCCAACAAAACCUCCAAUUCACCGAAAAGGUGGCCAAAUAUAGGUUCCAUAUCUGUACCGUUGAACAAAAACUGGUCAAAGUUUGUGCCAAAACAAGUGAUGGUAGUUAUUCUUCUGCAGCCAAGAAAUUCAAGAUAUUAUCAAAUCGGGAAACAAUUGACAAACAAUUGUUACAUCAAUAUAAGGGCAAACAAGAGGACAGUAAUUUUGAUCGACUAUUUACCAGUGUUUUUGAUGACCAAUCAUUUGAUUUGACAACAGAUAUAUUAAUUGAUGACAAUAUGAUUAUAAACAGUGAUAGAAAUCGACAGUUAAAUAACACUACCGGUGAUGACAAUCAAUCUGACGAAUCUAAAGACUGGGACUACAAGCCGACAGAUGAUAUCAAUCGACACGAAAUGGACAAUAUGUUCGACGAUAAAACUGUUGGCAUAAAAAUUGGCAAAAACCAAUUCAAUUGCGACUAUUGUGGCAAACAAUAUAGUCAUCGAUGGCUUGUAGCCACACAUAUCAACAAAGUUCAUCUGAAAGUUAAGCCAUUUGUGUGCAAUUUGUGCGAAAAAGCCUUUGCCGGCGACCGAAACCUCUUCUAUCACCGAAAGAAGUGUAGAAUCAAACCGAAAGAUCCGUCCAUAACACUGAUCGAAGGAGUGGCCUAUCAUUUGUGCGAUUGGGAGGACUGUCAGUUCAAAAGCAAACAGAAAACGGCAUUAAUUAUCCACAAGAAGCGACAUAUGGGUCGUCGAGACUACCAGUGCUGUUGGCCGGCCUGUGAAGAACGCUUCUACACCAAUGAACAUCUCAAGUAUCAUAUGUUGAAACAUGAAAACAAAGUACCCGUUUACGACUGUCCACAAUGCGGUGCCAAAGUCAAACAUUUGGCGAAACAUAAGAGCAGAGCCCACAAACUGAUCGAAGCCAUACAUAAGUGUCUUUGGCCGGGAUGUGACAAAAUACUGACAUCGAAGGAGAAACUCGGACGUCAUAUGAUGAUACACGAGGAACGUCGUUAUGUAUGCAAUUGGCCAGAAUGUGGCCGAAAAUUUGUCCAAAAUCAACAGCUAAAGCGACAUUAUUUGAUCCAUACGGGAGACAAACCGUUUAAAUGUCGUUUCUGUGGUAAGGCGUUCAACCAGUUGUGUAAUAUGAAGACACACGAGACCAAACAUGAUGUACCUAUCGAUGAUGCACUCAAUGCACAGGUAGUUAAUAAUGAUAGUUAGUUUAUCAGUAAAUGAACCGGUAAUAUAAAUUAUAUGUAUACCGUAAUAAUCAAUUAUAUAAUG